AUGAAGCUCGACGUCAAGCGCCAGCUCUACACCCGUAGCGACCGAGUCAAGGGCAUCGAUUUCCACCCUCACGAGCCUUGGGUGCUCACGACCCUGUACAAUGGCAACGUCAACAUCACCUCGUACGCCACUCAGGCGGUCGUCAAGACCUUUGAGAUGACCGAUGUCCCGGUCCGUGCCGGUAGAUUCAUCGCUCGAAAGAACUGGAUUGUCUGCGGUUCCGAUGACUUCCAGCUUCGCGUCUACAACUACAACACCUCCGAGAAGAUCACCUCCUUCGAAGCCCACCCCGACUAUAUCAGAGCCAUUGUUGUGCACCCCACGCAGCCAUUUGUCCUGACUGCCUCCGAUGACAUGACCAUCAAGCUGUGGGACUGGGAAAAGGGCUGGAAGUGCGUGCGUGUCUUCGAGGGUCACAGCCACUACAUCUUGUCCCUGGCCAUCAACCCCAAGGACACCAACACCUUUGCCUCCGCGUGUCUGGACAGAACCGUCAAGAUCUGGAACCUCGGAUCACCGCACGCCAACUUCACCCUUGAAGCUCACGAGACCAAGGGUGUCAACCACGUCGACUACUACCCCCACUCUGACAAGCCUUACCUACUCACAACCUCCGAUGACCGAACAAUCAAGAUUUGGGAUUACACGACCAAGUCGCUCAUUGCGACACUCGAAGGCCACACACACAAUGUUUCAUUUGCCGUCUAUCACCCCGAGUUGCCCGUCAUUGUCUCUGGUUCAGAGGAUGGCACCCUGCGAGUGUGGCACGCCAACACGUACCGUUUCGAGACAUCUCUCAACUAUAGUAUGGAGCGCGCCUGGUGUGUUUCCUCGCAAAAGGGACAGCAAUGCAUUGCUGCCGGUUAUGACGAUGGUGUUGUCGUUGUCAAGCUUGGUCGUGAGGAGCCUGCCGUGUCCAUGGAUCCCUCCGGCAAGCUCAUCUGGGCUAAGCAUAACGAGGUCGUUUCUUCCAUCAUCAGAGGAGAUCCCGAAACCAAGGACAACGAUGCUAUUUCACUGCCUACCAAGGACCUCGGAACCUGCGAAGUCUACCCUCAGACCUUGAUCCACUCGCCCAAUGGACGGUUUGUCGCCGUUUGCGGUGAUGGCGAAUACAUCAUCUACACUGCUCUGGCGUGGCGUAACAAGGCUUUUGGUUCUGCCCUUGACUUUGUCUGGGCUUCCAAGGAAAACAGCAACGACUUUGCCAUUCGCGAAACACCGACGACUGUCAAGAUCUAUAAGAACUUUGCCGAAAAGUCCGGCGGCCUCGAUGUUGGCUUCCAGGCCGAUGGCUUGACCGGUGGUAUUCUUCUUGGCGUUACUGGACAGGGCGGCAUCUCGUUCUUUGACUGGGCUACUGGCGGCCUGGUUCGCAGAAUCGAGGUCGAACCCAAGCACGUUUAUUGGUCUGAGAGCGGCGAGCUUGUUGCGAUCGCCUGCGAGGAUACUUUUUACGUCUUGCGAUUCUCGCGCGAGAACUAUGUUGAAGCCGUCCAGGCUGGCCAAAUCGAGGAUGAUGGUGUGGAGGCUGCUUUUGAGGUCAUUACUGACAUCAGCGAGACCGUGCGCACUGGUGAAUGGGUUGGCGACUGCUUUAUUUACACCAACAGCACCAACCGCCUAAACUACCUGGUCGGUGACCAGACCUACACCGUUUCGCACUUUGACAAGGCCAUGUAUAUCUUGGGUUACAUCCAAAGAGACUCGAGAAUCUACCUUGCCGACAAGGAUGUCAACGUUACGUCGUUUGCUCUGUCGCUACCCGUCCUUGAGUACCAGACGCUUGUUCUGCGUGAGGAUAUGGAGACUGCGGCUGAGCUGCUGCCCACCAUUCCCAGCGAUCAGCUCAACAAGAUUGCCCGAUUCCUCGAGGGACAGGGCCAUAAGGAGCUCGCCCUGGAGGUCGCUACCGACCCCGAACACAAGUUCGAUCUCGCUCUCGGCCUGAACCAGCUCGACAUUGCCCUGGAGCUUGCCCGUGCCGCCGAUGUUGAGCACAAAUGGAAGACUGUUGGAGACGCAGCCCUUUCUGCUUGGGAUGUUGCCUUGGCAGCCGAGUGCUUCACUGCGGCGAAGGACAUUGGGUCGCUGUUACUGCUCCAUUCGUCCACGGGCGACCGCGACGGUCUGGCUAAGCUGGCCGUGCAAGCCGAGGAGAAAAGCGCUAACAAUGUCGCCUUUUCGUGUUACUGGCUGCUAGGAGACGUACAAAAAUGCCAGAGAAUUCUGACCAAGACGGAACGAUAUGCCGAGUCUGUGCUCUUUACACAGACAUACAAACCUAGCCUAGCUGCGGGCGCCGUCACAGAGUGGAGAGAAAGCUUAGAAAAGUCGAAGAAGGCUCGCGUAGCGAAGCUCAUCGGUCUUCCGGGCGAGGACGAUGACCUCUUCCCCGAAUGGGAUGCCUGGCUGAAGCUUGAGGCCGACGGCGGCUCUGCGAUUGAGAGUGCGCCCGUGGCGGUAAACGGACACGAGGACGUGGAAAUGGCCGCAGCCGAGGUCGAGGAGGCUGAGGAGGUCGAGGACGAGGACGAGUAG